AAACGAAACGACAAAGCCGGAGCAAGAAAAAGUAAUUAAAAAACCGGAGCAUUUUCUUAUUGAUUUUUAUCUCUUGGAUUUCUUGUCAAAUUUCGUCGAAAUCGAGCUCGAUCCGAGGAUCUAGAUCGAUACUCUUGUUAAAUUUCGACGAGUCGUGUCGCUGAUCUUGAGGUUUCAGGGUCUGAUGCCGUUGGCGCGAGUAGGUUUAUACCUAUAUGAGUUUGUUAUAGUUUCUGAUGCGACUGGUGGGAGUAGGUUUAUACUUAUAUGAAGAACACGUCAAUGUGGUUUGAUUCAGAAGUUGUUAAAUGGAUGUAUACAGAGAUGAGUCUGUAGAGGCUUCGGCACAGAAGAAGCCAUUUGCAGCGGAAUUGAAACCUAGGCCAGUAUUGGUUAAUUCAGAUAAGAGCAAUGCAGUGCCGGUCAACGGAAAGCCACGGACUAGAGAAAUUAGCUCAAGGAAAAAAUCUGGGGUCACCUCGACUCCACAAUCCUCAUCCCCAAAAGCUAGUCAGACAUUCUCACUUUCAAGAAUAUCUGUGCCUCAACGAGCACAAUCAGCUGAAAGGAGAAGGCCUUCAACCCCCUCAUCUCCUUCAUCUCGGCGCUCAGCACCUUCAUCCCCACCAUCACAGCCUUCUUCACCUUCAACUCCUUUCUCAAAGUCUUCCAGACCUUCAUCACCAUCACCAAGGUCUGCAACUCCAGCCUGUGACUCGAUGGUCGAGAGGCUGAGCUCUUCUCGAAGGUCACUUGUUAGCCGAACUCCAGAUGGGUUGUGGCCUUCUAUGCGCAGCUUAUCAUCUUCUUUCCAAUCCGAGCAUUCUUCUGCUCUUAGUAGUAAGAGUGAGAAACUGGUUAGGAAUGCAUCUCCAGAUCGCACGAUGAAGUCUUCUCCAAAUGUAGGGUCUGAGAGGAAGAGGUCAGAGAAUUCCAGGCCUGUAGAUAAUUCACUUAGGUGGCCUGGGAUGCUUGGAGGAAAAGUAUCUUCCAAUGCAUUGCCAACAAAAAGCAUGGAUCUAAGUGACAAGGCUAGCAGAUCUGCUUCUUUAUCAGUUUCACUGCGAGGAUUUUCACCUAUAAGGGGAAUGUCCGCAACUGAUGUUAUAAGCAGAGGUCUCAAAAAUACAACAAAUGAGGCAAUGCGGCCAAUUUCUUCCAGACGAAGUGAGAAGGCUGCACAUCUAGUAAAUUCGUCUAGAAAUGUAAGUUCAGUUCCAUUGGAAAGAGCUCCUUCAAGCAUGAGGCCAAGUAGAAGUCCUUCACCCCUUCCAGUUUUGGCUCGCCCCUCGUCACCAAAUAUGGCUUCAGCAUCAUUGUGUUCUAUCUCUAGAGGCAUGUUGAGUCCAUCAAGGGCAAGACCAUCAACUCCAUGUUCUUCAUCUAGUAGCACAUCAACACUAGUCGGUGCCUUUUCCUCUAUUGGCAAUUAUACUUCAGACAUGCAAAAGGGAAAAAGAAGCCCAAGUCACAUGAAUGAUUUCCAUCAGUUGCGCCUGCUUUACAAUAGGGACCUUCAGUGGCGCUUUGUCAAUGCCAGAGCUGAUGCGACAGUUUUGACCCAAAAUUUAAUAGCAGAGGAUAUGCUUUGCAAUGUGUGGAAUAUUACUUCAGAAUUGCGCGAUUCAAUCACUUUGAAAAGGAUUUAUGUGCAAAAUCUGAGGCAAGAGAUGAACUUGAAGCUAAUACUAAAAGAACAAAUAGCCUACCUCGAAGAUUGGAGCGCAUUAGAAAAGGAACAUUCUCAUUCUUUGUCAGGGACGAUUCAAGCACUCAAAGCAAGGACGUUGCGUCUACCAGUGACAGGAAGGGUGAGGGUGGAUGUGCGCUCUAUAAAGAAUGCCAUUAGUUCAGCAGUUGAUGUUAUGCAAGCAAUGGGUUCAUCCAUCUGUUAUUUGCUGUCUAGGGUGGAGGGUACAAGCUUUCUGGUUUUUGAACUUUAUGAAGUUGCGGUAACAGCAAGCAUCAUGUUUGAUGAAUGUAGAGAGUUACUAGCUUCAACAGCAGCAAUGCAGGAGAUCAAGUAUUGGACGAGACGAGAAGAAAAGCAGCCGAGAGGACAUCAGCAGACGACGACUCGACCGAGACGACAUCAGCAGACGACGACUCGACAUUUCAACUCAAGUCAAGAUGACAAGACGAGACGACACACCCCAGUCGACAGUCGAGACGACAGGACGAGACGACACACCCCAGUCGACACGAAGGGCGGUGUUAGUCGACACAUACCAGUCGACACGAAGGGCGAUGUUAGUCGACCCAUGUUAGUCGACACAUGUUUGUCGACACAUGCCAGUCGACACGAAAGGCGUCACUACUCGACACGCCUCGUGUCGACUCGAAAACAGAUUAGGAGAGUUUCAUAUUUUUGGUUAUUUCCUUUUAAAUUCGGACUUUCUUUUUGAUUAAGAUUAGGAUAGGGUUAGUUGGCUAUAAAUAUUAGUUCCUUUGGUAAAUCGAGGAUUAACUUUUCAAUUAUUCAAAUCAAGAGAAUUUUUUUCCAUUGUUUCUUUCUAAAGUUUGGAAAAUUAGGGCUUGAGGAUUCAAGCUUGUUUCUUACAUGCUAUUGUUAGGGCUCGUCGGUAUCAGAACGAUAUCCGAUUGGCCUCCCCAUUUCUACGUCUGCGUCAAGUGGUAUCAAAGCUUCGACUUCAACAUCCUCGACAAUGUCAGGUGACGGCGAGAAGGAGCUUUCUCUACAGGAUCUUUCCUCGAGGAUAGAUUCUAUAGAUGGAAGAUUUGGCACGUUGGAGGCGUCUCUUCAGAACCUUCAACAAGCCAUUGAAGGACUUACCAUUCACCUCAACAAUGGGAAUAACGUCGCCGACUGUUUUUACCUAAGCGGACCCAGAGUUAGGCUACCCCGACAUCCACCCCUAUACUUUUUUCAAACCCCUCCAAUUUAUCCCCCUCCAAAUCAACCACGUCCAAACCAACCAUCUCCAUAUCAACCCCCUCCACAUCAUAGACGACAUCCCAACCAACCCCUCUCACAUAAUGAAUCCAGUGAUGAAGGAGCGGACUAUGGUACCCAAUUUGAGGAACCAUGGUACGACAACGUCUCGAGCGAAGAAGAAGGAGGGCGACCUUAUGACAGAGGUCGGGGCAGAGGCUUCAACCCUCAUCACAACUAUUACCGACAGUACGGACAUCACCACGACCAAGAGUACCGAAUGAAGGCUGGACAUAGAGGCUUUCCUGGAUUGGCUCUACGAAGUGGAGAAGUUUUUUGAGAUGGCUAAUAUUCCCGAAGCAAACCAAGUAAAAUUUGUGGCAUAUCGUCUCAAAGGAGGAGCCGCGGCCUGGUGGGAUUAGACUCAAAACACUAGGCGACGAAAAGGCAAGCAACCAGUUCGGGUUUGGUGAUGCAUGAAUCAGUUACUACAAGCUAGGUUCCUACCAUCCAACUACCAACAAAUUCUUUACAACCAGUUCGAGCAAUGCCGUCAAGGAAUCAGAUCAGUAAGUGCUUAUACUGAAGAGUUCUUCCAUCUUAGAACGUUGCGAUUUGUCUAUGAGCGAAGAGCAACUCGCGGCCAAAUAUAUCGGAAGUUUGAAGUAUUCCAUUUAAGAGAAGGUGGCCAUCAACAACGUGUACUCUGUGGACGAAGCCCAUAACAUGACUCUCAAGGUGGAAAGAUUGUCCUUCAAAGCGCUACCUUUCAGACGAACCGAACAAGGAGGUUCGGUUGAGAAGGCGAGAGGAGAGUCGGCCAGGCAAAGGAUGAUUGAUCUGUCUGUUCCUCCACGAUCGGCCGAGCGGUCGACAACUAAACCACAGGCCCGGACGACUCAAGCAAGUAUGUAUGGCAAGCUGACUGUAGGGAAGUGUUUCCGAUGUCUCCAACCAGGAUAAGUCCAAUGAGUGCCCACAGCGACGGAAGGUCAAUCUAGCGAAUUAUGAAGAGGUGGAGGACGGACACGCAGCAUCUGACGAAGAGUAUGAGGAAGAGAUUGCCGAGAUUGAGGGCGACAACGUGUCGUAUGUUGUUCAGCGACUCCUAUGCACUCAAAAAACACCAGAUUCAUCACAACGACACCAAUUUUUUUUCUAGGUGUUCGAUCAAAAACAAGGUGUGCACCCUUAUCAUUGACAAUGAAAGCUGUGAAAAAUAUAGUGUCAAAGGCCUUGGUGGACUACUUGAAAUUGCCGACUGAAGCAAAGCAUGUGCCUUAUACCACCAGAUGGAUCAAGAAGGGUCCCUCCGUGAAGGUGACCGAAGUAUGCCGCGUGUCACUAUCACUAGGCAAGACUUAUAGUGAUUUUGUUACUUGUGAUGAUAUGGAUAUGGACGCGUGCCAUGUCUUGUUGGGGUGGCCGUGGCAGUAUGAUGUCGAUGCUAAGCAUGACGGCAAGAAGAACAAAUACUCUUUCGUAUGGAUGAACAAGAAGAUCAUUUUACCACCAAUUCCACCCUCCCCAAAGAACCCAAAGGAUCAAAAAUCCAAACGUAUUUCUCUUUGCAACAAGUGAGAGUUUCUGGCCGAGUCAAAAGAGUUGAAGCGGAGGUUUACCUUAGUGGUGAAGGAGGAAUUGAAGAUGCCCAUGGAGGUUCCAAAGAAGAUAAAGUCACUACUUAAGGAGUUCGAAGUGUUGAUUCCUGAAGAGCUGUCAGCGGGUCUUCCUCCCAUGAGGGGUAUACAACACCACAUUGAUUUUAUUAAGGGUUCAGUGUUUUCUAAUCUCCCUCAUUAUCGUAUGACCCCGCAGGAGAAGAAGAUUUUACAUGACACCAUUGAGGACCUUAUUAAGAAAGGUCAUCCAAGAGAGUAUGAGUCCAUGCUCAGUUCCGGGCCUGUUGACACCAAAGAAAGAUGGGAGUUGGAGGAUGUGUGUGGACAGUCGAGCCAUUAACAAGAUUAUAAUUCGCUACAGGUUCUAAUCCCUCGGCUAGACGACAUGUUGGAUCAAUUAGGAGGCGCGAGCGUCUUUUCAAAGGUCGACUUGAGGAGUGGUUAUCAUCAAAUCCGAAUCCGACCUGGCAACGAGUGGAAGACUGCAUUCAAAAGUAGUGAGGGCCUCUGGGAAUGGUUGGUGAUGCCUUUUGGAUUGUCGAACGCUCCAAGCACAUUUAUGUGUUUGAUGAACCAAAUUAUGAAGCCUUUCUUGGGAAGAUUUG